GAUUCAAAGUCAACGGCGUCGGUCGCUGACCAACCACCGCACCGCGGGAACGGGAAGCAAAGCAAAGCAGAGCACGGAGCUCUGCUCGUCCUCGCCGAGAUCCCGUGACGGCAAGGAUGGGCGGCAAGGCGAAGCGGCUCCCCCAAAUCGACUUCUCCCGCGUUGUCCCGUCCGCGCCGGGCGGCAAGGCCUGGUCGGAUGUGCGCGGCGAGGUGAUGAAGGCGCUGUCCACUUUCGGCUGCUUCGAAGCGCAGUACCCGGCUCUGACCCCUCAGCUCCGCGCCGAGCUCUUCGACGGCGCCGUGAGGCCGCUCUUCGCGCUGCCCGCCGACGCCAAGCGCCGCAACUACUACGGCGCCGACAGGCCGUUCCACGGCUACCUCGGUGACAUCCCGGGGUUCCCUGGCUACGAGAGCCUCGCCAUCGUGGACGCCACCAAGGACGACUCCGUCCGUGACUUCGCCGGCCUCAUGUGGCCUGACGCCGGCGACAACAACGACGGCUUCUGCGGCACUGUCGGUGAGGCGGCGCGGCGGAUCUUUGAGGUGGAGGAGGCCGUGCGGCGGAUGGUGAUGGAAGGGCUCGGGAUGGCCAAGCACCACGACGCGCUGAGCGCGUCCAUGUGGCACCUGUUCCGGAUGGCGGAGUACAAGGCGCCCAACGCCGCGGAGAAGGUGGUCAGGUACGGGGCGCACCAGGACACCAACUGGCUCAGCGUCGUCUGCCAGCACGAGGUGGCCGGGCUGGAGAUGCAGAGCAGGGACGGCGACUGGAUCGUCGUCGAGCCGUCGCCCACGUCGCUGGUUUUCAUGGUCGGCAACGCCCUCCGGGCAUGGACAAACGACCGUCUAUACGCUCCAUUCCACCGGAUUACUGUCGCCGGUGAUGUCGCCAGAUACUCAGCGAUGCUGUUCUCGGUCCCCAGCUACAAGGUUCAGGUGGCAGAUGAGCUUGUGGACGACGAACACCCUCCCCGUUUCAAGCCCCAUGACAACAACGACUUCGUCUGCUUCUGUGUUUCCGAAGAAGGCGCUCGCCACCAAGACAAACUCAAGGCCUUCUGUGGAGUGUAACAAGCAGCAGAACACAUCGCCGUCCCCUGUCCGUCCGGCAUCUGUUUUACCUCACUCAGCAGGGUUGCAUGCAGUAGAGACCAUCCCUGUAGACUAGAAAUUUUAGAACACACAAUAAAAGAUACCUCUGCUGCAUUUCUUGUAGUCUGGACAUGAACAAGAAUAACAUAGCAUUCUGGUAUCCAUGAAAGAAAUGAAUAAAGUUUUUUUUCUCGCUAUA